AUGGAUACCUCAGGAUUAUCCCCCUUAGCCGAUCUGGACUCUAGCUCCGGUGGCUCGGAUGGCGUCGGCGGAUUUAAUCAUGGACAAAACAUUUACAUGUCCCAAGGAGCAUACCGUGACAACCAAAAUCCGAUCAAGACGCUCUUUUUCUCGGAAAAGCUACAAGAGUUCACCGACAAGGAACAAUACCAUCAGGACCGAAAGUUUCACGACAACAACUACAGCCACAUGAAAGUAGGACCCCAGGCACAGGUGCAGCACGCGGGCGACAUUAUUUACUACGCGAGUAAACCCAUCAGUGAAGGAUCGCCGGGUAGUGUGCUGGUGAAUGGGAGUAGCACCAAUGGUAGCACCGGAAGCAAUGGCAGUAGUCUCCUGUCCGUCCCGAACGCUUCCAUGGGUGGCGUUGUCGUCCCGAACGGACUGCCGUCGUGUGGAGCGUUGGCACGGUCAGACAACAACAACAGUUCCUACCUGCAAUCGUUGCAACCUCCUCCACAGCAACAACAACCCUCCUCAGCAACCACCGGACAUCCGCUCACCAACGGAACUGGUGAUCUGGAGCGCAAGUGCUUCAGCUUUAGUCCCGAUCAGAUCCAGUGCAUGUGUGAGGCCCUGCAGCAGGAAGGCGAUCUGGAGAAGUUGGCCACCUUUCUGUGGAGCUUAUCGCCGACCGAUCUGAUCAGUGGCAACGAGAGCCUGUUGCGGGCUCGUGCCCUCGUCGCCUACCAUCGCGGACUCUACCAUGAGCUGUACGCCGUGCUGGAGUCGCACUUCUUCUCACCGAAGUACCACGCCGAUCUGCAGGCACUCUGGUUUAAGGCGCACUACCGCGAGGCGGAAAAGGUCCGGGGCCGUCCGCUCGGUGCGGUGGACAAGUACCGGUUGCGCAAGAAGUACCCGCUGCCGAAAACGAUCUGGGACGGCGAGGAGACGGUGUACUGCUUCAAGGAGAAGAGCCGCAACGCGCUGAAGGAUUGCUACACCCGCAACCGGUACCCGACGCCGGACGAGAAGAAGACGCUGGCAAAGAAGACGGGCCUCACGCUGACGCAAGUGUCCAACUGGUUCAAGAACCGUCGCCAGCGGGAUCGAACACCCCAGAGCAGUCGACCCGAUCUGAUGAUGUCGGUGCUGCCGGUCACACCGGACCAGAUGGACGGUAGCUAUCAGCGGCUGUUUAAUGUGGCCAAUUACGGACCCGCGCACGGUUAUCACGCAAAUGAUAUGUACGCGGUGCAGUAG